AUGAAGGAUAUUUCGAAAACCAAGCGCAUCCGAGACCUUCCUCUAGCGGCAUGCGCAGCUUUCAAUGAAGGCCUCGGCGGCUCUAUACCAGAUUUAUGUUAUGAAGACACCAGGAAAGAAGUGUUAUACAUCAUUCACAGCUGGGGAGAAGGCCGCGAUGGAGGCAACAAUUGUAUCUUUUGGCUAAGUGGAAUGGCAGGCACUGGGAAAUCAACAAUUGCUCGGACCGUUGCACGCGAAUUCAACGAUAAGGGGCAUCUCGGGGCCAGCUUUUUCUUUUCAAGGGGCAAGCAAGAUAGAGGUGAAAGUGAAAAAUUCUUCUCGAGUCUUGCUCGCGGUCUUUCCGCAACGAUCCCUGGAUUCGAUAUUUGCUUGUACCAAAGCAUUCCCGAAUACGAUGAAAUACAUCACAGGAGCUUGAAGGAACAAUGGAACACACUUAUCUUUCAGCCCCUCAAAUCUCUGGCGUCGUCAUUGCUGGUGCCCCUUCAUUUGGUGCUUGUCAUAGAUGGACUAGAUGAAUGCAAAGGUACCAAAGCCGUUCCUGCUAUCAUCAGUCUUCUUUUGGAGGCUCGAUCUCUCGAGCGGAUUCAUCUGAAGAUAUUUGUCACCAGUCGAAAUGAGAAACACAUUGUUGAAAGCCUUAUAGAAAGGUCGGAUGUGACUCAUUUGUCGCUGGAGGAAGGCGUGGGAGCAAGGAAUACCGAACGUGAUAUUUCCAUCUACGUGAAAUCCAUGCUUUCGGAGAUUGCAACCGAGAACAAGUUGAUAGAUUGGCCACAGGAGGCACAAACCGACCAACUCUUGCAAUUUUGUGGCCGGUUAUUCAUCGCUGCAGCUACAGCAUGUCGGUUUCUUCAAGAUAGCCACUUUCCAGAAGAGAAGAUCGUGUCAUUUCUCAAUACUGAGAGAACAUCAAACUAUGGCACAGGUCCUCUUGAUGAUAUGUAUCGGCAUCUUAUUGAUGCGGCAGCUGAUUGCUCUGACAAGGACACUUUCAUCGAGUACUUCCCUAUUGUUGUGGGGACUAUCCUUGUCGCCAAAGAGCCAGUCUCAGUAUUGGAUUUGGAAAGUCUACUCGGCUUAUCCUCCAAGCUGAUCCAUUUUAUACUGGACCGUCUGAGAUCUGUGUUGAUUGUUCCUGCUAAUGCUCCCAUUCAACUCUUCCAUCUUUCAUUCCGUGAAUUCCUCAUUGAUAAAUCAAGAUGCCAAGAUAAGAGAUUCUUUAUUGAUGAAGACAAAGUCCACAGGAGAUCAUUUGAAUACUGCUUGAAACUGAUUUCUGGGUGUAUCAAGAAGGAUAUAUGUGCAAUAAAUCAUCCAGGCACACUCCUUUCCGAAAUCGACAAAGACAGGAUCUUGGAACAUGUUCCUUGGGUUACUCGAUAUGGCUGUCAAUAUUGGGCUUCACAUUUGAAUGAUGCCAGUAUUACCCCAUCAGAUACUGAGGCAAUUGACAUAGCCUUGAAAUUUCUUCAUGACCAUCUUCUGCAUUGGAUCGAAACCCUGGCCCUUCUCGGAAGAAUGGAUGACGCCGUGCAUGGAACUGCGAACUUGAAAAGAAUUCCAGUGGCGAGUAAAUUCUAG